AUGCAAUUACACCCACUGAAUAAAGCGUUCCAUUGGCAGCAACCACCUGCGCCUUACGAACUCAUUACCCAGGAGCAGGCGAUAGCAUAUCGCGAAGCGGGCGGUUUUGUGUUGGAAAAUUGUUUUUCCCAGCAGGAGCUGGACACGCUGAUGGAAGAGCUUGAUCCCAUUGAGGCGGAGGUUAAUCGGCGCCUGGCAGACAUGCCUGCGGAUCAGCCAACCAUAGCCCGUGAAGAUGAAAUAGUUUUUUCUGCACAUGCGGUGCUGACCAGUGGUGUCGCAAAAGCUUUUGCCCGGCAUCCGGUUUUUCAAGCUUUGGCCCGGGACCUUAUCGGCCCGACGGUGCGCCUCUAUUGGGAUCAGUUAGUCUAUAAACGACCGGGCACCGCAGAUGAGUUUCCCUGGCAUCAGGACAACGGGUACACCUUUGUCGCACCGCAACAGUAUUUAACCUGCUGGGUCGCGCUGACGGACGCCACCAUCGACAACGGCUGUCCCUGGAUAGCGCCAGGUCUGCACAAGAUGGGUACCUUGCAACAUCACUGGACGCCCCUGGGCUUCAAUUGUCUGGAUGAACCACCUGCUGACGUGGUGGCAUUGCCUGUUAAAGCGGGGAGCGUUGCGGUGUUUUCCAGCCUGACGCCCCACCGCACCGGUCCGAAUCUCACUGCUGAUGUGCGCAAAGCUUAUAUUCUGCAGUACGCGCCGGAUGGUGCGGUGAUCCAUCCACGAGGUGCAGAUGCCGUGACGGCAGAUGACCCUGGCAUGGUGGUAGAUGCUGAGGUGAUCAGCAGUGAACCGCCGGGCGUUUUUGAUGCCGCGGCCUUAGAUGCGGUUAACAGCUGGCGAUUUAACCCGCCAGUGAUUGACGGCGUAUCCCAGGUGCUCGACGAUGCUAUGGGGGGUGAGCCCAUUGCGUUGCUGCAUGGCCACGGUAACGUCAUGCCUGGCCUCGAAAAAUCGUUGUUGGGACGAGCUGCUGGCGAUGAGUUUGAAGUUGUUAUAGAGCCUGUGGAUGCCUAUGGGUUGCGUAAAGACGAUCAGAUUCAGCGGUUGUCAAAAAAAUACUUUCCGGAUGCCAAACGCCUAAAGCCGGGCAUGCAAACUGUUGUGCAGACCAAGGAAGGGCAGCGACGCGUCACUGUGCACAAAGUGGGUGGCAAGGUGAUUGAUGUGGAUCUGAAUCAUCCGCUGGCAGGCCAGCGUCUGCACUUUCAACUUAACAUUGUCGAUGUGCGGGAGGCGACGUCCACGGAGCUUGCCCAUGGCCACGCCCACGCGGACGGGCAUGAUCAUCAUUGA